AUGCACCGCAACGAUAUUAUCCAGCUGGUGGAGCUGGACGAAGAGUUUGGAGAUGGUUGGUGGCUCGGCGAAUACCCGGGUACUGACCACAAGGGCCUUUUCCCCGCAGGAUUUACAAGAAGGGCCGAGCGACACGAGUACGCCAGAUACCACAACGCCCUUCGUAUCGACCCGUCAUCCCAGGGGGUGAUCACAUCAGAAGAGACCGAGUCACCCGCUCAGAUCGAACCGACCACGCCCAAAGAGACCUCAUAUGCGGCUGUGAGAAGCGAGCAGACCACCCCUCAGGCAUCACGGCAGAGCAGCGUACCUGGAGCGCCCCCGAUGGAAUCUCCAUCGCAGCGGUCUGCCUCGUCUCCCCUACCGUACUCAAGCCUAGCUGCCGAUAUCCAAAACGCAUUGCGUCCAUCCGCUGAACAGCAUGCAAACGGCCAGGAAAGUCCCGUGAUGAAUGAAACUUUGAGUGUGAUUGACGAACACAUCACCGAUAUGAAUACGCCCCGCCACAGCGUGUCAACGCAGGAUGCCAAGACCAUCAACGAUUCUGGGAGCGAAUACAGUAGCCACAUCAGCCAUCGAUUGUCAUACAUUAAUGGAAAUGAGACCGACGAGGAAGAGGGUACAACACUUACCGAGGAACAGGUGCGUAGGUGGAACCAAACAGAGACCGCCAACCACCUUCGAAGCCUUGGCGUUGAAUCUAAACACUGUGAUAUCUUUGAAAAUGAAGAGAUCACCGGUGAUGUGCUCCUGGAAAUGAACCAGGAUUUCGUGUUUAUGAAGGAGUUUGACUUUGGUGUCAUGGGAAAGCGACUCAAGACAUGGCACAAGAUUAAAGCCCUCCAAGAGGAAGUCAAAUUGUCCAAGCCUCAACAGCAAAUAUCGCAACCCCGAGGCUCCGUUGCCGGAUAUCCCAGUCCCCAUGAAGAACGUUCAAUGUCUCGUGCCGGUCAUACAAGCGGUUUCCUUCCUCGAAUCCCGACAGUGUCAGAGAAAACCGGUGCAGGCUAUGUCCCACGGUCAUCUAUGGGACCUGCGCAACAUCCAAGACUGGCUAGCAACGGAAGCUCCCCAGUCACCCCCAUGACCCCUCCUCGGUAUGGGAAUGACUCGAGGAGAAUGUCCGCAGCGUCCAUUCGUGAAUUCAAUCACAGCCGGCGACAUUCUUCCAUCGACGCAACCCAACGCGGCUAUUCUGAAUUCCAUGGUCAUCCCAAAAAGCCAUCAUUUGAUCGAACUUGGACGCUCAACGGAGGAUCCCAAUCAGGGUCUUACUCACUCCCCCUCGCCCAGGAACUGCGGUUGGUGCCCCGACAGAGGGAUAUCGGGCUUUCCGUGGGACAGCUGGAUCAGAACCCAACACUCCUGAAGCCAUUGAUGACUUGGACCGUGGCUAUUUCUCCGGUACAGAAGUUGAUACGCGCCGGAAUCGACAAACGGACAUCGACCGCUGGUAGCAACAGCCAUUCUCGGAAGUCGAGCCACCAAGAUGAGCCCAUAUUCAUGGUGAAACCCCCAAAGCGUCAGUCACGGAUUGCUAGCGUUGAUUCACUUCGCGAAAUCGAUAAGAAUAUUUCCGAUGCUGCGAAGAAUUAUAGUGACUCUCCGGCAAAAUCGCGACUGCGGAGUCUGAGCCAGCGUAAUUCUUCUUCCCAGAGUGGUCGCACUUCCCAGUCGUCUGACACUAAACCUGGCUUUUUUGCAAGCUUCGGGCCUCUGGUAACGAAAAAGGGUACUGAUUCUGAAACUUCCUCACGCUCAUCGCACUUUCAGCCUCUGAGGAAUGUCGGCCCUAAGAUGCGACGGGCUGUAGGCAUGCGCGCUAUCUCGGAUGCCGCCAACAAAGACGUCCCAUCACCUGUUUCCCCCAAAGAAUUCGAUCCCAGCUUUGGUCGUACCGGAUCCACCACCCCCUCGGCCACCUCUAAGAGCUCGGAACGACACAGCACGGAUGGUUCGGGCAAGGCUGGUGAGCCUGCAGGAUUCGUGGUUCGACCUCGAACCGUUAAGUCCAAAAAGGAUACCAGUGCCUACACCCGUGGCUUGGAAAAGAAGCCGCCCCGGGAGCAGAUGGAUGGCUGUGACUACAGUGGGUGGAUGAAGAAGAGAUCAUCCAACUUGAUGACGACCUGGAAGCCUCGACUAUUCGUUCUGCGGGGUCGCCGUCUUUCCUACUAUUAUAGCGAAGACGACACUGAGGAAAGAGGUUUGAUCGAUAUCACGGCUCACCGCGUGUUGCGGGCAGACAAUGAUCCUAUCAUCACUUUGCACGCAGCGGUCACUGGUUCUACCGCGCUUCCCGCCAACGCCAGCUCCACGGAUCAGAACAGCGCCAAGGCAGUCACUCCCGAUGCCCUCGCCGGGCUGAAAAGCAAAGACUUGAGCGGCCCAUUCUUCUUCAAGCUGGUUCCCCCAAAGAUGGGCAACUCGCGCACCGUGCAGUUUACUAAGCCUACAACCCACUAUUUCCAAGUCGACAGCGUCCAGGAGGGUCGAUUGUGGAUGGGCGCUUUGAUGAAGGCAACCAUCGAGCGUGACCUGGAUCAGGUUGUGUCAUCCACCAACAAGCAAAAAACCAUCAGUCUUAAACAAGCCCGCCUGAUGAACCAAAGACCACCGGCACUCAUGAACAAUCCCCUGCCAGAGAACGAGAAACUGGUCGAAGAGGAGGAAGAAGACGACGGACUGCGGAUCGAGGGUCUCAACUUGACCAAAUCUGGGUCCUCGGCUGGUAACUCCUACGUGGAUGCCAAGGGCGAACUAAAUGAAACCGACUCCAACACUAAUGACUCCACUCUAUCGAACCCUCUCGGAGAGAUCAACCCCGGUCCAACCUUCCUUCUUCCUAGUCCCCUAGCGAAGAUGGAUUCGCAGUGA